AUGGCAGGCCAAAAGACAGCGAUUCUGUCAGUCUACGACAAGACCGGUCUUCUUGACCUGGCCAAGGGACUCCAUGAAUGUGGUGUCCGACUACUUGCCUCAGGCGGUACGGCCAAGAUGAUCCGUCAGGCCAACUUCCCCGUUGAAGAUGUUUCUGCCAUCACCAAGGCGCCGGAGAUGCUCGGUGGACGCGUCAAGACUCUCCACCCCGCCGUACACGGAGGCAUCCUCGCGCGCAACCUCGACUCGGACGACUCAGACCUCUCCGCCAACAGCAUUGACAAGAUUGACUUUGUCGUAUGCAACCUAUACCCCUUCUCCGAGACCGUCGCGCGCAUCAACGUCACAAUUCCAGAGGCCGUCGAGGAGAUCGAUAUCGGAGGUGUUACUCUACUCAGGGCCGCCGCGAAGAACCAUGCGCGCGUCACCAUCAUCAGCGACCCCAACGACUACCAUGACCUCCUUACCGAACUCAAGAAGGACGGCGAGGUUUCAGAGAACAGCAGACAGCGUUACGCGUUGAAGGCUUUCGAGCAGACUUCAUCAUACGACACUGCCAUCUCCGAGUUCUUCAGGAAGAAGUAUGCAGGCGACGGCGACCAGUUCCUUACCCUCCGAUACGGCGCCAACCCCCACCAGAAACCCGCGACAGUAUCCAUGCCAGAGAAGUCUCUGCCAUUCAAGGUGCUCUGCGGUUCACCAGGAUACAUCAACCUGCUCGAUGCACUCAACGCAUGGCCUCUCGUGCAAGAGCUGACCAAGGCACUCAACUACCCAGCUGCGGCCAGCUUCAAGCACGUCUCGCCUGCUGGUGCGGCUAUUGGAGUCCCACUCAGCGAAGUGGAGCGCAAGGUAUACAUGGUUGAUGACAUCGAGGGCAUCGAGAAGUCGGGUCUGGCGCAAGCAUACGCUAGGGCGCGUGGUGCUGACAGGAUGUCAAGUUUCGGUGACAUGAUUGCCCUGUCAGCUGAAGUUGAUGUCCAGACUGCGAAGAUCAUCAGCCGUGAAGUAUCCGACGGUGUCAUCGCACCUGGCUACAGCGCUGAGGCUUUGGAGAUUCUCAAGAAGAAGAAGGGCGGAAAGUACCUGGUUCUCCAGAUGGACCCUGAAUACGUUCCUGGCCCUGAAGAGACCAGAACCGUCUUCGGCAUCACGCUCAAGCAGCACCGCAACGACGCCAAGAUUGUUCCCUCUGAUACCUUCAACACCGUCAUCGUGCCCAAGAACUCUGGAGCUCUACCAGAGUCUGCCCAGCGCGACUUGACUGUCGCCACCAUUGCGCUCAAGUACACUCAGUCCAACAGUGUUUGCUACGCGCUCAAUGGUCAGGUGAUUGGUCUUGGAGCUGGCCAGCAAUCACGCAUCCACUGCACUCGCCUGGCUGGAGACAAAGCCGACAACUGGUGGAUGCGCUUCCAUUCGAAGACCCUGAACCUCAAGUUCAAGAAGGGCACCAAGCGCCCCUCAAAAUCCAACGCCAUCGAUCUUCUAUGCUCAGGCCUCGUCCCUGAGGUGGGUAUCGAGCGUGACGACUUCGAGGCUAACUUCGAAGAGGUACCCCAGCCCUUCACCGCGGAUGAGCGCAAGGAGUGGCUCUCGAAGAUGGAGAGCGUCGCUGUCAGCUCCGAUGCUUUCUUCCCCUUCAUCGACAACGUCUUCAGGGCGCACAGGAGUGGUGUCAAGUACAUCGCUGCACCCACAGGAAGUCAGAACGACGGCGCAGUGUUUGAGACGGCCGAGAAGUUGGGCAUGACCUUUGUUGAGCAGCACAUCAGGCUGUUCCACCACUAG